GGUCGCAUCAAUAGACGAAGAUGGAGCUCGUUUACUUCCUUGCACUUCUUCUCGGCGUCGCCGCUCUCCCACAAACUCCUUGGAUCCAGCACGCCCAGCAGGUGUUGAAUGCGGGAGCGGGCGUGAUCAACGACGCCGAGGAUGGUUAUAAGGCGUACAAGCAGAACAACUGGGGCACGGUGCUGAAGGAUGCGGCCAACGUGCUCGGUGACGCGGACCAGCUUGGAAACGGGGCAUCGAAUCUUUGGAAUGACAUCCAGUUGGGAUGUCGAUACAAAUGCUUCAUUCGUACAAGCAGAGGAGAACCUGAUGAAACAAAUGAAGACGACCCAAAUGAAUACGGCCCAGCCAGAGACUACCAGAAUGGAGACUAUACAAACGGAAACUACCAGUAUGGAGACUAUACAAAUGGAAACUACCAGUAUGGAGACUAUACAAACGGAAACUACCAGAAUGGAGACUAUACAAACGGAAACUACCAGAAUGGAGACUACAUAAACGGAAACUACCAACCUGAGUACUACACCUAUGGGUUGCGAUGCACACAGCAUCAGUCGAAGCCGUCGGACAGCAGCAAGCAAGAGAAGAUGGAGCUCAUUCUCUUCAUGGCACUUAUUCUGAGCGCCAACGCCCUCUCCCUUCACCAUGACGGGGAGGCGAAAGCGAGACAGGGCGUCCAGCCCCUUCAGCCUGGCAACAUGCAGGUCAUGGAGGAGGAUGUCGCUUACAUCCUCGGUGUCCUCGAGGGGUCUGGAUCCUCCACGUCCAACCAAGGCCAA